GUUACACUGUCCAGCAGAAUGUAUCCUAUCAUUCGUCGUUCAUCCGUGUAUUAUCAGUAGAAAAUUACGUAUCAAAAAAUACCUAAAUAGAAUGAAAACAAACAUUCAACAGGUUGAUUGUUAGUUAUUGUCGUUAGUGAAUCGAAAGUAUAUCUGUGACGUCGGUCGUCAUUCCGUCAGUAUUAUACCCGCGGUACGAUCAUCAAAUCAUUGUGUUUUUCCAGCCGUAUUUGGCCCGCAUUCGUUUUCGCUGUUGAUUUCUAGAAUGCGCAUCCCUUCGUAUAUCGUCGCGUUACACUAAAAAAGCCGCCAUGGCUAACGGUGGUUGGCGCGAGUGCGCAAACUGGUUGACAAGGUGUGGCGCGAUCAGGGCCGAGCACAAAGUCAACUGGCCAGAAUCCACCAUCGACGAUUUGGCUCACACACUUAGGGACGGAGUAAUUUUGUGCAAUCUUCUGAACAUUCUUGAACCGGGAUGUCUUGGGACCAAGGACAUAAACCAAAAGCCACAAAUGGCCCAAUUCUUAUGUUUACGAAACAUAAAAACAUUCCUACAAGUAUGUCAAGAAGUGUUUGAUGUUAAAGAAUAUGAUAUGUUUGAUCCUAUUGAAUUGUUUGAACUGUCUGAUUUUUUCAAAGUUAUUCGAACAUUAUCAAUUCUGUCACAAACUCCAAAGUUACAAAGACUUCAUAUAUCAGGAUUUAUUGUUACCAAGCCUCGAACAAUAUCACAAGAAGAUAUAUACAGAAACAUAAAUUCAUUAGACCUGGUGUCAUCAAGAAGUGCUUUAUUAGAUUCUUUUCAUGAAAAUGAAUAUACCAGCUAUGAUACUUAUAUUCGAAAUGAAGAAAUUUAUCAUGAUUUAUGUGCAAUUGAUAAUCCACAUUCUAUAUCUAUCUCAGAGCAUCCUAUAAUUGCACAACAAGCGAUUGAAAAACGAGAUUAUGUAAUAAAUGAACUGGUCGAAACAGAAAAAAAUUAUGUUGAUGUAUUACAAACACUACUUAAAUGCUUUAUUAAACCAUUAUCAAAAAUAAUGAAAGAUGAUGACCUAUGCACAAUAUUUAAAGGAAUCAAAGAACUUUAUGAAGUACACAAAGAUUUCCAUCAAGACUUGAUUAAAUCAUGUUCACAAUAUAGUACCUUAAGACUAUCUGAUGUUUUCCUUAAUUGGAAGGAUAAAUUUUUAAUUUAUGCAGAUUACUGUGCUAAUCUCACGAGAAGUCAAGACCGAAUACAAGAGCUUUGUAACCAAAAUGAACAUAUCCAUAGAGAAGUUAAUCGUUGUCAAGAAGAAGCUAAUAAUGGAAAAUUUCAAUUGCGAGACAUUUUGUCUGUACCCAUGCAAAGGAUACUUAAAUACCACUUAUUAUUGGACAAAUUAAUUCAUGACACUGUAGAGACACAUAGAGAUCUACCAGGUUUAAAAUGGGCUAAAGAAUGUAUGGUAGACAUUGCUCAGUAUAUAAAUGAAGUCAAGAGAGAUAAUGAUACACUGCACAUAAUAAAUGACGUUCAGAAAAAUAUAGUUGAUUGGGAAAUUGCUGGAAUGCAACCAUUGAAAAACUAUGGCCAUUUAAUUUUUGAUGGUGAACUAAAAAUAAAAGCAAAUAACGAUCAAAAAUUAAAACCAAGAUAUGUCUUCAUUUUUGACCAAGUUAUGUUGAUGUGCAAAUCAAUUAGAUUCAUUGGUUUUCAAUGUGAACAGUAUUCUUAUAAGCAGUCAAUUAUUAUAUCACAAUAUCAACUUGAAGAUUGUAUUUCUCGCAAAUUCUUAUCUAGAGAAAAUCGAUGGUCCCAUCAAUUUAAUAUGGUUCCCAAAAAAGCAGAAAAUCCUGUAUACACAUUUUACGCUAGGUCUGGCGAUCAAAAGAAGAAAUGGAUUAAAGCUAUACAAGAUGCUAUGGAUAAUAUUGAACCAUCAGUAUGCAAUUUAACAAAUCACAAACUAACAAUGUAUACUUUUGAUAAACCAACGGUGUGUUAUAAUUGCUCAAAAUACUUGAAGGGCUGUAUAUUCCAGGGUUACAAAUGCGAAGAGUGUUUUAUCAGUGUACAUAAAUCAUGCAUACAAGAAUCAGGACAAUGUGGCUUAGUCAGUCCACAAUCAACUACCACUCAAAAUACAAUGUUUUCCAAUCGAUUUUCAGCUGAUGUUACCAGUUUUAAUCAACGCCAUAGAUCUCCUGAUUGGACAAGAAAUUGGUCAGACAAUGAUGCUUUAACCGAACAUUUGUGGUUCGUUGGAGAAAUGGAUAGAGAUCGAGCAACAUUUUUACUAGAAAGUGAAUCUGAUGGUACAUAUCUAGUAAGAAUACGGCCACAAAGACCUACUAGACCUGUUGAAACUGUUUAUGCUUUAAGUUUAAAAUCCAAUAAACAAGUUAAACAUAUGAAAAUAUGUGAACGGUUAGAAGAUGGAAUUAGUAGUUUUUAUUUAUCAAAAAAACGGUUUUUUCCUAAUUUAGUUGAAUUGGUUAACUUUUAUGAACGAAAUAGUUUAAGUGAAAAUUUUAAUGGGUUGGAUAUUAAAUUGAAAAGGCCUUUUUGCCGAAUACUUGCUACAGCAAAGUAUAAUUUUUUUCCUACGGAAUCUAACCAGUUGCCAUUAAAAGCAGGAUGUACAUUGAAAAUUUUAAGUAAAGAAGGAGAUCAAAAAGGAUGGUGGAAAGGACAAAUUGGAGAUAAAAUUGGAUUUUUUCCAAAAGUAUAUGUACAAGAACAUGCUUAAUGUACUUCCAAAUUGUGAACUUAAUUCAAAUGUGUUGUAACUAAAGCAUUA